GUGGCCUGGACAGAGCAGAAGGACUCUUGUUCAUCCAGUUCACGGACCGUUUCCAUAGCAACGCUCAACUGACCGCGUGGCCUGGUUCGCUUCUCGGAGCGAUACGUCUGCUCAUGGGUCCCACUGCCGCUGCCAUCUGUAAUCGGUUCAGCGUGCGUACGUGUGUCAUGGGAGGCACUGUCGUCUUCGCCCUGAGCCUCAUCAUGGACGGCUUAGCCCCAAACAUUUACUUCCUCUUCUUCUCCCACGCCGCGGUGCAAGGUUUUGGCCGAGGUCUUAUGUACGCGCCCAGUCUGUUCAUCGUGCGGCAGUACUUCCACAAACGUCAGAGCCUGGCCACUGGGAUCGGCACCUCGGGCGUCGGUGUCGGCACUUUUCUCAUCGUGCUUCUGGUCAAUGUGCUCUUUGACAACUACAGCUAUUUCGGCUCCCAUCUUAUCUUGAGUGGACUGGCGUGGCACGGUUUCCUCUUCGCACUGCUGUACCGACCCCUCAGCCUGCACCAGAAGUACUUCGGACUUCUACAGGAGGAGAUCGAGUUUAGUACAGACGAAAGCAAGGAUUCCGCCCCUUUGAGAAAUGGAGAUUCCAACAUGGAAAGUGAUGAAACUUCCAGCCAGCGCAACAAUAUCAACAGUUCUGAUGCCGUGGACGCGACGCCUCUCGCAAACAACAGUUCAACCUCUCCAUCUCCCGGCAAAGUGCGGCAACGAAAACAGGACGGCUGCGUCAAGUCAUCGCUGAAAAUCUUGCUCCCUGUUGAGAAGUCCGACGAGGCGGAGAAGGGCAAAGGUCAGAGAAAGUUCUUCCACUGCCGGCUGCUUACCGACAUUCCCUUCCUCCUCUACUGCCUCAGUAUGGUGCUCUUCAACAUCGCCUUCAAAGGGGCCUUCACCUUCCUACCAUCUCUCGCAAUCGCCAAAGGUUUGAGCAAAUCGGAUGCCGCUCUGGUCUUGAUGAUCGCCGGCGGCUUCGACACCCUGGGGCGGGUGGCGAUUGGAUUUUUACUUGACUUCCGCUUGCUGCGUCCCUUUCGACCGGUGAUUUACAAUGGCGUGAUCUUCGUCAUAGCGCUCAGCUCCUUUCUGAUACCGCAAGUCGGAGGAAGCAUUAUUCUGCUUUCCAUCGUUGCGGGGAUCUACGGGACCUUGACCGGUGGCUACGUCUCUCAAAAGUCUGUCGUGUUGGUGGACAUCCUCGGGAAGGGAAACAUGGCCUCUGCUUUUGGUCUCCUCAUCGCUUUCCAGGGCGUCGGCACAGCGCUUGGCCCUCCUCUUUCAGGUGCACUGAAGGAUGCCAUGGGAGAUUUCGAUCAGAUCUUCUACUUGGGAGGUGCCUCGAUGAUCGGUGCUGGACUGCUCAUGGUGAUAAGCAAUGUGACCCGUUAUUUCAGGGACAAACGAGAGAGACGUCGCAAAGCGGAGGCAGAAGGUAGCAUCGCUCUUUAACGGGACCUGAAGUGUCAGAAAGCCACCAGUGUGCCUAUAGGAAGGAUUGUCAUGACAGCACGUUUUCUCUUAGAUUUUUGGGGGUUUUUUUCCAGCCUGCUACUUUGUGUAUCUGUGUUUUCCAGGAAACCUUCUUCAGUUGAGCAAGGCAGUUGAAAAGAACCUUCUGAGAGCUGGUUUUCAAAAUGUGUGGAAAAGAACUAUCUGAGAGCUGGUUUUCGAAUUGUAUUGAAAAAAACUUUCUGAGAACUGGUUUUCGAAAUGUGUUGAAAAGAAUUUUUCAGGAGCUGGCUUUUGAAAGUUUCCAACAGACCUAGUGUUCAUCCAUUUUUUGUCAAGUUUUAUUAAUUGUUACUUUUAUGUGAUCAAAUCUGUGAGACAGAUUUUAUUCCUGCUUUGCUAUAAAGGGAUGGCAUUAUGUAGGGUGGGCUUGUCAAGUGCUUCCAAGUGGCUUGCAAGAUUAAACGAUUUCAAAUAGUAUUUGAUACUGUCGACUCUGCUUGUGCUGAACUCGCUUGGUUGAUCUUCGGUUAAGUUGAUCUUCUUUUCGAGUCCCAGCGUCUCAUCUUCUUUACAGAUCCCAAUUGUUAAGUUUAACUUCGGAUGAGUUGAUCUUUUUUUUCACUCCCACGACGAUAUCAACUCAUACGUAGUCGACUAUACCUCGUUGGCCAAGGAAGAAAAAAAUUGGGUGAGAUCGGUUGGAACCUCCAAGCUCUUAAAAGUGGGGCUGAAACUUAUACUAUAACAUUUAUCACUCUAGGGCAUUUCAUGAGAUAGAAUAUUAGAUCUAUUGCUUCCAGCUGGGUUGGAAACUGUUGAUUUUAAUUUUCAAGAAUAACAGUUUUGUUUUUAUUUAUCGUCAACUCUCCGUUUGCCACAUUUAUGAUAAUUAAUAACUUGGUCAACUCGUGAGCUAGACUGAAACUGUGGGGGGUUCUGACUGCAAGCUGCGGAGAGCCUUGAUCCCUUGAACCUACAGGACUUGUGCACCCGAGUUCUUUUGGAUCUACCAUCAGGUUUGUAGCGUUACUUCUAGUAAUUCACCGGCACGUGAUGCUUGCUCACGCUUCGUUGAGUUCAUAUUUAACCGUGUAGGCUAUAUAAAUGUUCGUUUUAAAAAAAUGUUAUUCAUUUGCUGGUAUAGUGCGCUUCAGGCUAGGCCUACACCAUGUGCGACGAUACAUCUGUGUGAUGAGUGUAGGUAUGACUUCAACCUGUAUCACAGCCUUUCUGGAGGUCUUACAACUUUACAGGUUUAUUCCACAGUAUGCUGAGGUUGGUGCGUGUAAAGGUGUAACGGCGCUUAUAUGACCUUAUUGUGUUGCAAGUGCCGUAAAACUCUUACUAAAACAAAGGUGUAAUUUUGUGGUCAUUACUCCAGCAUGGGGCGAGAAAGGCUGAUAUGGUGAUGGUGAUGGUCUCUGCUUUGAUGUAUUUUUGAAAGUUGUAGACUACUGGCAGAUACAUUUUCAAUGUAUGCGCUAUAACAUAAGAUGUCUAGAUGUGUAGAUUGUGAAGUGCAUAGAGCUUGCUGUUGAACAGGGAUUUGCGCUAUACAAAUGCUAUUUAUUUUUAUCAUUGUUAUCACUUUUAUUUCUCUUUGCUUCUAUUGUGCCACUUCUAAAAGUAAUGUGCUCAGAUCUAAGAAUUGAGAAUCCUGAGUGAGAAAGUAACAGAAAUGGUGGCUGAGAAAUCUUGUGCAAUUUAUGGCAAAGUUGCUAUGUUUCUAAAUUUAAUGACUUGUGCGUAGAACGAUGUAUUUUCCACACAAAAAAUAUUUCACGUAUAGAUGUGGUGUUUUGUCAGAGUGAAGGCCGCUUUGGUGGCCUUCUGGUAACAAUCAAACGAAGAUAUGGGGUUGGGCUUUUUUUUUGGUCAGAAUUAGUUGAAUUUUUUUUCCUGAUAUAUUUUUGGUAUGAUUUAA